AUGGCGUCGAUUGUCAUAGAAGAUAUUCACCCUGAAGACAUAGCCCUUUACGAAGCGCUGGCAUUGACACAACAAGCACAUUCCUUGCUAAACAUUGUACGUGGUGCGCCAUCCAAUAUCAUAGGUCCACUCCGUGAAGCAUGCAGCACUCCUCAGCAGAUACAACCACAAGAAAUUGCUUACAAAAUUAGCAAGGGCGCACAAAAAGGUCGACACGACAUUCAGGAAUUGAAACAGAGAUUAAAUGAUGAUCGAAUCAAGCCGCUUCUGAAAGAAGCCAGCAAUGCAGAACUUGUACAGGGUUAUGACACAUGGACCAGUGAUUACCUAAGCCUGGCGAAGAAAUUAAUAGCCAACAAGACUGCACAAUCUCAAACUCGAGACAUUCCUUUCGACACCACGAAUGAAGCAACGACAAUCCUGGACAAUUUCGCAAAUUCUGAGCACGAGCUCACAUUGAAACUCACUACUGACGAGUACAAUAACAACUUUCCAUUGACUGCCAAAAUCGGCUAUCUCAAACUCGUCAUCGAUCGUGGCGAUAAUGCAUAUUCCGUGCAGUCUGCACAUCCACCUAAUGGACGUGUACCAUCCUUAUCGCAACAAGUCGCUGAAGUCGUGUCCAAACCUCCCACUUCGAAAAGACUAAGUGAAUUGUUGGAAAUGCUCGAAGCAUAUCACGAUAUUGACUAUCACAGAUGCGAAAGCUGUCAUAGUAUGAUUGGCACUGACUUCAGCUAUCCUCUCAUUCGCAAGGCCGUACCAAAACCUGAGGAAGAUACAGAUACUUCUGGUCAAAAGUGGCUGGCAUAUCACAAAGCGUGUAUGCGCUGA